CCGGAUUGGGUGAGGGGCGGAAUUAGCUCGGUGAUUAGUGGACGCCGAGACGGAUGACGAACGUAUGCCGUGCCGUGGAUGCGCCUCAGGGUCCAUAGGGAUUAUAGGAUUUGGUCACGACAUCACGACAACAGCGAACGAGACGGCUUGCGGAAACGAUUGCGGCACCUCCGUAUACUGCAGAGUGUUGACAAGAAGAAAGGACUGAAAGGAAAGAUGAGGGCAGCAUAGGGACGGAACGCGCCUUCUUCCGGCCGCGUGUGAUUGAAGCGUUCCGUGACUUUCCAUUAAAGUCAGCAUCUGGUCGCAACGUCGCCUCAGAAGACGCCAGGCACCGACUCCACACACCACAGCCCGCCGGUUCCAGCGCUCAGUAAACCAACAUAUAUGCGCGCCCCUGCACGCAACCUACCGCCGCGAUGACAUCGUCUCCCGCCGGCUCGACCGCCUUCUUCGCCCUCUCCCUACUCACCAUAUGCGCCCUCGUCCUGCUCCUCCUGCGCUACUACCUCCCGCUCCGCACAACGCCCGCCUAUGUCAUCGUCCCCGUCUUCCUCGCCAUCGCGCUGCCUGCGAGCAUCGUGCUCAUGGUGCCUAUCGACCUUGCCUCCUCCGCUGGAACAGACACCGAUGGGAAUCGCGGGAUAUGGCUCACCGUCAAGGUCGUAUACAAGUCAUGGCGCGUCAUGUACUGGCUCACGUUCGCGCUGACGUGGGCGAUCCUACCGCUGCUGGGAGAAUACUGCGACUCGGGAUAUCGCGAGCCGAAAGCGAGAUUCUUGUACUCGCUGAGGAGUAACGGGCGUUACUAUGCUAUCAUUCUGGGGAGUUCUGUUGCAGGGCUGGUGUACUUUUUCUGGUACAAUGGAUUCAACUUCCCGAGUUUGAAGGCGUUGAUCAUGGCGCUGGCGUAUGCGUAUACGCUUGUCCUGGCGAUAUACUUGAUGGGACACGGCCUCGUUUCGUUCCCGAGGAGCAUAUAUCGCUAUGCGAGUAUUAGCGGACGGUUAAAGAGGUUGCAAGCACAGGCACCGAAGGUUCACGAUAAGUUAACCGAGGCGCUGGAGAAGCUGGAUCAGUACGAAUGGCAGGUCGUACAGCUUAAGCAGCGGAAGAACGGCACCGCGAGAGACUUUCAAGAGUGGAUUGAUGAGUUAGCGGAGAAGUGCAGUUUGCCCGAGAAUAGGGCCAGCGUUGUAGGGAGGACGACCGCCACAACGGUUCCCCCCGUCAUUACGGAGAGGUAUCUAGCGGACCUGACGAGAAGGUUGAAGAGAGCGCGGCAUGCAAAGCUGCGCUUUGAGAAUGAGUGGGACAGGUUGGUGCAGAAAGCGGUCAAGACGCAGGCGAUUCUCGAUUCGAAAGCGAGUCAGAGGCUGGAGUUCACGAAUUCGCAGUUCCAGACCUUUAGUGGUGGCUUCUUUGACCGGAUUACGCUUCUCACGCCGUACAUGCGAUAUCACCUACACGUGCACAUUAUCCCAGCGCUAUCCUACGUCGCAUGGGUAGUCACGUCCCUCGCUUCGCUGUCCAUAGUAUGGUCCGAAUGCAUCCGGUCGCUCGACCCGAAGCUCUCCCUCAUCGGCCUCACCGUAAUCCACCAUCCGCCCUCCUCCCGCGGACAGAUAGGCUUUGGCGGACAAGUCAUCGCGGCAGCUUGGCUGUGCUAUAUGUGCACAUGCACUUUUUUCUCACUCACCGAGGUCAAGAUCUGGGGUAAUCGCGCCCUCGUCCGGCGGAACACUUAUCAAGAGUCGGCUACCUGGUAUAGUCUGCAAUUGGCCAAACUUACCGUCCCGCUGGCCUACAACUUCGUCACAUUUAUGCCGCCGACGCUUGUAAGGGAGACGAGUUUUUAUCGGUUGCUGGGGCAGUAUAUUGUGCUCACACCGCUGGGACACGGGUUCUCCGAUUACUUCCCUGUGUUGAUCAUCGUCCCAGUGCUGGCGACGGCAUUUGGGCUGUACAAGAGAGUGCGGAAUGUCUGUGGAUUCGGAGACCUACUAGAGGAUGAAGAUGACGAAGUGGACGAGCUCGCCGGAAUAGGCGGCUGGCGCGAAGGCCGCGCACUCAUCGACCGCGAAAUCCACGGCGCAAAUGGGAACGCACUAGGCCUUGCGCAUCGCGGUCCCACAUCCGCACCCAACGAGCCGUACAGAGACACCCCUCCCUCCACUUCCAGGCGGGUAAACGGCGAAGCAAGCAACACGAGACGAACGAUACCGGAGAGAAGAAGAGCGCCAGUCGAAGAUGAUGAGGAUACGGGAAAUUUCUUUGAGAAUUUUGGGCAGAGGGUACGGAACACGUUUGAGACGACGGAUUUCAGUUUCUCAAGGCCGAAGUGGCUGGGUGGAGAUGAUGGCUCGGGGAGAACACGGAGGGAGAGGGGGAGUAGAAGGGAUGCGGGUGGUGGAGCUAGCGGGGCGGAGAGAGGAGGGAGCUUCUUGGGAUUGUUUGGGGGGCGGCCGGAUGAGGGGAGGGUGAGGCUAUGAGACGCAAAGCGGAUCUCCGAGUAGUGCAAUGGAGGCUGUCGCCACCAGGUUGCAUGGCGCGGAGUAUUGGGCUAAGAAGGAAUUCUGUCUUUUCGAACUCGGAUUGCAUUAGCGGGAUGUAUGAGUACCAGACCAGACACACCCAGGGCAUCUUAUUCUCUUUUGUUCAGCUCAACCCACUAAGAGCGGUCCAUAGAUCAAGUAGCUAAUACUAAUACCACGCAUUGCCACUCAGGAGCCCGCGCAAUCCACC